CAUAUGUGGGUCACAGCCAGGAGGACGGAGGUGAUGUAGAGACAAGUUAGAGGACUCUCUUACUUUUGUUAACAAUAAAUUAACAUUUAACUCAUUUGUAUUACUGCGGAGUCACAUUCAGCUGUAGGCGGAACUAGACUCUUUGCAUUUAGUGUCUCAUGGUUGUUUUGGAAAUGACCUGAUUAUUGAGUUUGGUGUCAGAGAGUGUGCACCAGACUGACAGGAGCAGCUGUGUGUGUGUGUGUGUGUGUGUGUGUGUGUGUGUGUGUGUGUGUGCAUUCUUCCUUAAAUAGACUUCCUUCCUUUUCUCAAGCUUGAUGUCCGUCUCUCUGUCAGUGCCAGAUAAACAGCCGCUUGUUUAUGCCAUGAAUUUGCCAAUAGGCUGAUCGGUCAUUGAUCCUUCUGCUUUGCGUUGCUGUAACAUGUCCAGAUGUUUAAUGAGGAGGUGAGCUUAAAUGCAACUGACUCCUUGUCCCAGAGACGAGAGAGGAGAUUUGAGGAACUUCUGGACAGCAGAAAAACGUCUGGACACUAAACAUCCAGACAGACACUGGAAAAACAGCUGUCUUCAACCUUGAUCACAUCUGUUGAUCUGAGGCCUGUUAGGAAAAUAAGACACCUGAACAUCACAACAUCUGUAUUGUAGAAAUUCAUUUGAAAAUUAGAACAACACCUAGACAAGAGGUUCUGGCCUCUGAACACAAUCACAUGUAACAUCUGUCCCACAGCAGAGAAACAUGUGGUUUCAUCACCACACAGCUGGUUGAGUUUUUGAAAACUAAUCAGCUGUGUUCUCUGAACUCUGUGAACAAGGAAUGUGGGGAGGGGAGAUGGGAGGAAUGGUGUGUACAGAAGAGAUGAAGGAGGAGAAGAGGAGGAGCGAAGGGAGGGAGGACAGUCUGACAUCAGCAGACAGAAUACGAAGAUUCACCAUCAAACAGUUUGGAUACAAUGUUCUGAGCCUGGCUUGCCGAGGUCUGAAGGAGAUUCCAGAUGAACUGUGGGAGUUGUUGGAGUUGGACAAGCUGAAUUUGUCUCUCAACAGCCUGACUGUUCUUCCUUCUCAGCUGGCUCUGCUGUCUAACCUGGUGGUCCUCAAUCUGUGGGGUAACCAGCUGAGCAGUUUGCCACCAGAGAUCGGUCAGCUGAGGAAACUCCGAGUUUUAUUUGCCUACAGAAACAGACUUAAAGAGGUUCCUGAAGAGCUGGGCGCCUGUACACAGCUGGAGGUCCUGAGUUUAGCCAACAACCAGCUGUCAUCGCUGCCGGCUUCUCUCUCUAAUCUGACCCAACUGAGGAAGCUCAACCUCAGUCACAACCUCAUCGCUCACAUCCCGGGCUGUGUCUACAACAUGAAGGCUCUGGUGUUCCUUCACUUGGCCUGUAACCGUCUAGAGAACCUGGCAGAGAACAUUCAGGCUCUCGUGGAGCUCAGAAUUCUCAUUGUGGAGGGAAACAGCAUCCACUCAUUGCCCAAGGCCCUCUGCUGCCUCACCAGGUUGGAGUUACUGAAUCUCAACUUUAACGACAUCAAGGAUGUUCCACAGGAAAUGCACCAGCUGUCCCGGCUGGAGAAGCUUGCUUGCCAUCCUCUGGAUAAAGGACUUCACAUUGUCCACAACCCGCUGCUAAAACCGGUGAAGGAAGUGCUGGAGGGCGGGCUCGGUGCACUUUUUAACUACCUGAGAUCUGGGUAGCUUGUAACAACCUAAGAAAUGGAUUUAGAACUUUUUCAAUACAUUUUUAACUAUUUAAAGUGUUGAAUAGGAAGCAGGAGUUUUUAAACUACCUUAGAGCUGCAGAUGGGACUUAUAACCACCCUACUGAUUUGUGCAUGGCGGGGCUUUUUUUGUUCUUAAACAACCUGUGGGCUUGGAACAGGGGCAGGUUUAGAUGACUGAGCAGACACCUAUCAUGUGUCCAAAUGGAUGUAUGUAGACUAGUAAAAUUCUUCUUAAGGAGAAGUAACUUUGAAUUCCUGAAGAGGUUCACACAUGACUGCCAGCACUGAUAAGUGGACUGGACAGUAAGGUCGAGCACCGAUUAACCCUCAGACCAGUUUCCCCAAGCUUCACCAUGUGAUCAUGUUCUUCUGGUUGACAUCAGCAAACUUGAGCCAUACCUUAGCAUGUGGUAGUUUUACCUGCAGAGUAAACGAUGCUCAGGAAACAGGCUCAGCUCAGUUAGUCCUCAUGUUCUGAUCUUACAUCAUCAAACAAGAUCCAGAUGAAUACGGUCAGCUAGUGGUUCUUAUCUCUGUUCUUAGGACUCAUUUACUGACACUUCCUGUCAUAUUUCAGCUCAUCUGAAUUCAUUGAACUGGAAAUUUUUUUUUAACUGUAUUGAUUAUGCAGAAGUUGGCACUGCAUUUCCCCCCCUGUAUAGCUCUUCCAAAGACCUUUAGAACCUGAGCAGAGGGUUUACAUAUGAUGUCAGUUUUAUCUAACUAAUCUUCUUACUCAGUGAGGUAGAGUUCAGCUGUUACAGAUCAUCAAUAUAUGCACUGGUUAUAUUUAAAUAUAUUUAAAUAAAUCUGUACCUGUAUAACCACAUAACCACAUAUGCAUGUGACAUUUCUACAAGUUCAGAAAAACAAACUAGAAGAUUGUUUUAGUUUCUUGUUAUCUCACAUUUCUACAACCUUAACAAAAUGAUUCAAUAACUUAAGGGGAGAUCAUUAGAAAGAAUGAACAUGAUUUCUUGAUGAACAGAAUUUAGAUAGAGGUGUGUGGCGGUUAGACUGGUGAAGGUGAUUGGACUACACCAGUGAUGACACAAACAGCUUGAUGGCGUGGGAAAGUGGGAAUGGACAGAUGUGAGAACACAGAUCUUCAUUUUUAAACUAACGCAUAAGUCUCAUUGACACUAUUUGUCAGGCUUCUCUUUUGGUACAGUUUACGGUGUCUGACUGCAGUUUUGAAAUAACAGAGCUGAAAUGUGCAGCUCUGUCAGGAAUAAUGCAUUACUUUUAGUCGUGAUACGUCAUGUGGCUUUGACAGUGCUGCGUUCAUUGUACAAAACUUCAUUUAAAUGUGUUCCAAAUCUUCAGACUUUAUCACUAAACUUGUGUUUUGAUGGAUAUCUUCUCUAUUUGUUUUUUUCCCAUAGAUGCAUUUUUACCUUCAACUCCUCGGUCAGUCUUAUCUUAAGCUUAGGCUUCAAUCUAAAAAAACCUAUUUGAAUUAUUUGCCUCUGUAUGCACAAUUCAUACAUCAAAGUGUGGACAUGUUUGUCCUCUGUCACCUGAUGCUAACAUUGUUAUGAAAGGAUGUAAAGUUUUGGCACAAGUCCAGCCUGAGUGUACGGUGCACUUACCUUCACCUAAUGAAACCGCUUCCAAUAUUCAGCUAGCAAUCAAAGUGAGGUGUGUGUCGUGUAACCAUUUCCAUGUAACUAAUCUUGGAGAGUUGAUAACUGAAUAUUUGGUCCAGUGAAAGUUCCUGUUUUUUUUUUUCUCAUUUACACAUGUUUAGCAUUGAGAGAUUGAAGUACUUCUGUUGUUCUUUUCUGCCUGUCGGUUUAACCAAGUCACCAACUCCAAGUUGUUGGUUUUAACUUCUGAUGGCUUUUGACGUGUCGUUUUAUCUCUUAUUGACUGCUGCCAUUUUGAAGGGCAGCAGGUGCACUGUCAAACUUUGAAAGUCCUGAAAUGUUUAAAUGUAUUUAUUUUUUGUCUGCUGUCACGUCAGGAGUACAGAAUGCACCAAUAAUUAAGCUUACGUUUUAGCGUCUUGUGUUUUCUUAAAUGCUAAUUUACUUCUAAGUGAACUUCACUUUGGAUGACUUAAUAUUUUGUGAAGCAUUCUGUUACACUUCUAUCUGCAGGUAAAGGAGUGUAAUAUAAAUCUUUAUAGGGAGUCUCUAUCCUUGUUCAAAAGGUACAGUUUUGAACUGAAAACCAACCAACCUACAACAACAAUCCAUUCUACACUCCUUAAACUACACAAAAGAGGUAUUUCAUGGCUUAUGUUAAUGAGAG